GUGAGGUAUCAGGUGAGAACGUGUCGGCAAGCUCUGGACCACGUGGCGGCGACCGUGGAGAGGCGACUGAUUUAGGCACACACACGGAAAAUAGCGACGGGGCCACCCUGGCCGCGAACACAGCGGUCGACGCCAGGGGCGGAAGCCCCCAGGGUGCCCACCUUUCCGGUGCGGCUACUCCCAGACCACCGAGGGGACGGAGGCGACAGAAUCAGAAUGGUCUCGACACUACUCAAGUUAAAACAGAACGCCUUACGCCAGACAAUAAUUCGACGUCGUCGAGGAGCGUGACGCCGUCGUCGUCCAGCCAUCCAGGAACGCCGCCAAAUGCUACCCCCUUGGGUGGACCCGAAGGCCCGCCGCCACCCCAUCACCUCAAACACAUGGAGCAGAUGAUGGGACGAAAUUAUAGCGAUUUCAUGAGAAGCCUCGCUGCCAAGUACAAUAACGCCAACCCUAAUGACUACUUCAGCUCGCCGAGGAACGGCUAUCCCCCGGGCUUAGACCCAAGGUUCCCAGGAUUCAAAGCUGGCGCAACACCGUUCGUCGGUUUGAUGGCACCGUUGGGUGCGCCACAGCCGUCAACCGUGUCCACCACCUCACCCCUUUCCAACAAGGAUCCGAAAGAGCAGAAGCAGGACACGCUGUUCGGCAAUCCCGUGUUCCCACCGAUGUUGGACAUGUCGUCGACGCAGGCGCUUCUACACAUGGUGAGGACCGCAAAUGCCGCGCAAAAUGCGGCAGAGCUCGAAACAUAUCUCAAAGGUGCGAACAAACGAGACGCGGGCGUGACGAGUCCUCUGGAUCUCUCGAGUCCAGGAGGGUUCGCUCCGCGGAAAAGGCAGAGGGCGGAAACCAGAAGAUCCGGAAGCGUAUCUCCGAAGCCGAAACCAACUCCUCGACCUACCACGCCACCCCCGGUCAGGUGUCCGUCGUUGUGUGGUCACAUGCCGUGCGGAGAUGGACAAGCUGUCAAUCGGUGGACCGUUGAGGACGUCGUCAAUUACGUGUCAUCGAUCGACAUUUGCGCGGAGUACGCUCAGAAUUUCCGGGAGCAUCGGAUCGACGGAGCAGCGUUGCCCCUGCUGUCGGAGGACCACUUGACCGGGCCGAUGGGCAUGAAGCUGGGCCCAGCGUUGAAGCUUCGCGCGCUGCUGGCCCGAAAGUUGGGCGCUUGCACCGUCUGUUUGCACUGCGCGCACUGCCAUCAGACGCCUUUGCCGGCGUUGAACGCGGCCGCGGCCGUGGCAACCGUCUCACAGCAGCAACACCAGCAGCAACCGCAGCAACAACAGUUGCCUGGAAGGCGGCCGAGCAGCACGGGGAACUGACAAACAAUGGCGGAGACUCCUCUGGGCCCGGAGGGCACGCUCGCGUCCUCCGCCGAUCCGAACAGGGCCCUCAGGAUAGAACGGCGCGUAUCACGUCCCGUACGUAAGCCGGAAGUGGUCUUCAAGAAGCCCAUCAAACAGUGACACUGCGGACACUGUGCUGUUGAUUUUCGGAGGCUCCGCCUUGUCCUUCGCGUUGCGUAUUCCCUUCCUGAACGUUCUACAACGAGAAACAGUUUUUCACAUGCAGUACCUGGGAAAAAAAACAAAAAAAAAAAAAAAAAAAAAAAUAAAAAAAAAAAAAAAAAUAAAGAAAGAAAGAAACAAACCACUCCGUCUCGGAGGCAAAAUUUGCAAUUUGCUACGUUAUUGUACUUACUUGCUUGCUUACGUUUGACGACUAGGUCGUGCGCAAGUGUAGAGAGAAAGAGGGCGAAAAUUAGCAAAAUCAGCCGGAAGUACUUAAUCUUUUAUAUUGAUAAUUAUCAAUCGGGUGUAAAUAACUUUUUAAGUCUAGAUUGUUUUUUCUUUUUUUGCAUUAUCAUUCACGUACGUACGUAGUCACACUUUCAAUUGUUUCAAAUUGUCGAAUUUUUCAUUCGAGUUACGCUCGAACUUUUCUGAUCUUUACCCACUGGAAAAGUUCGAUUCGACGAGUUUCAAUCGUCACGAAUCGCCGAGUCGAACAAUCGAGCCUUCAGAACGAUACUCAGUGCCUGAAACAAUUUCUGCAGCAAUUUCGAGCGGGGAUCGGUGCAAUUGCCGAAUUCUUCGAAAUUUCGUUUCCCCGUGUUCGCGAGGAACUUUCACGCCGCCGAUCAGACUCGCAGAUAGAUAGAUCUUCUUUCGCCAAGCAGCAAGUGGAGGAUGACUAACAAGUGUUAACGUUCUCCCGUUUCGCCGCUUAUAAAUUCGAAAUAGACACGCGAUGAACACAAAAGAGCCAACGCCGCGUGAUAAUCAAAUUAAUUGGGAUGGCAAUUAGCGAUUAGAGCGCCUCGUUUGCGUGCUUAGUCGGGUUAUAUCCGGUCGCUGGAAAGGAGGAAAGAAAAUGGCCAACCGGAAGCUACGUGUUCGAUCUCCCGCGCAAGCAAGCAGCGUGUCAGCGUGUUUUCAAAUCGGUUUCACACUUGGCGAAGGAACGAGUUCGAAGAGACUUUAGAUAUUUUCUUUUUUCUUUUUUUCUUUUUGCCCUCUUUCUUUCUUCCUUUAUCAUCAACGAAACAGUGCCUCUGUCUUUAAAGAUUUGUCUUCCAAAAGAAAAGGCUGGCCUUUCGAGGCUGCUCCUUGUUACCUGAAAUGUACUUGUGUACUUAAAAAGAAAAUUACUCGAGUUUCGUUCUACGAACUAAAUUUGCAAACUAGAAAGAAAGCCUGUCGCUGGAGUACGAGACAUUCUAGUAAUAUUUACGAUUAGUAAAUUAGAUUUGGAUAUUAUACAAUUUCAAGAAAUUCAAAUGCAAAGUUAAUCCCACGGUGCUACGUUUAUAGAUAUACGUGUUCUGUCAGUGGAACUGACGAGAUGAUGUAUCACUUAGGUUUUAGAUCGUAAAAAAAGAGUAUCUUUCAGAACGAUUUUAAAUAGUGAAGCAGGAAGAACUAAUAAUCACCCGAUUGUUAGACAAAACUCGAAUAAUUUCACGAAAAAAACCGAGCGUGACAAACACGGACCGUAAGUGCCGAGUGAUGAUUCUGUCCUUCGUUAUCGAACAAAGAAUUCAGCUGGUUAAAGAUAAGAAGGAACAUUAAGCGUACCGCAGUACGUGUAAUAUUGUACAUCCAGCGAACCAGCCGAAAAAUUGUUCAGCGAUUAUGUGUAGAAAAGGAGAAAAGAAAGAACGAGCGAAUGAAACAGUUGUAUGAACGAGAGAGUGAUAGAAAGAGGUGGAGAAAGGUACACCAAGAAUAGAGAGUGAAGAAAAAUAAAGAGACGACACUUCACUAGACGGGGAAGCAAAGUGAAAAGGAAAUGAAGAAAGAAAGAGAAAGGAGACGAAUUCAUGUGCAAUAACGGCGAAAAAGGAAUGUCGCUUUCCGACGCGGUACUUUUAACUUUACUACGAUAGGAUGAUACGUAUUUGCUCAAACCGUUGUUUCUUUUAUAUAUUUUAACGAAGUUUUUAUAUGAACGUGAAUUAUAAAUGAUAAAGUAUACUAAAUUAUAUUUUUGCUAACGUUCUACGUGCAAACUACACGCGAGAAGAUCCGUUCGCGGGCUAUAUUCUUAUAGGGAGUACACGUGACGCACACGUGUCUAUUUGUAGAGAGCAGAACAUGCAGAAACAUGCAGAACACGAGUUAGAAGACGAUGUAACGUAGGAAAUCGACAUAUAUUUACGUACAUUUGCGAGAUAUCGACGAACCCAUAAAGAUAGAACUUAGAGAGAAAAUACUGUAAAUUAAUUUUCUUUUUCUCUUACUUGCAAGGCGUUUAACGUUUAUUUAUUUAGUAGUGAAACCGUUGCCUUAUUGUACUCAUGUAAUGUAACGAUUUAGCCGUAAAAGAGAGUGAGAGAGAGAGAGAGAGAGAGAGAGAGAGAGAGAGAGAGAGAGAGAUAGAGAGGCAAGCGAAUCGUCCAAGCUGGUUGUUAGAACGAGAGAGAGAGUUGAUAAGUCGCGAGACGAGCAGUAUUUUUAGAUUUACAUUAGCCUGAAUUUACUGCAGAUUUAUAAUACGUUUAUAAAUAUUAUGUAUACGUACACUUACACGCGCGUUCUCGCGCGCGCUAUAUCCCGCCACGUGUCUCCAGCUUUUCGUUUUACCACGUAUUUAUAUUAUCGUUGUGAUAUUUCUCUAGUGUAAUAAUUAUUGGCAAUUACUCGAUUACGUUUUUAACAAAUAAUUUCACUGACCUGACGAGCAAAGGGGAACACGAAUGAAGUUUCAAGUAUCAAAAACUUUACAUCACUUGUUGUCAUGAAUUGAAUUGAAUCAACUGGGAUUGAUUGGUAAAAAAGUUUUUGUUGAGUGUCAAUAGCAAUUGAUUCGUCUUGCCGUACCUCAGUCAUGGAGAAACAUAAUUUGGAGAGUUAAGAGAAUCGACGAUACACGAGAGAUACAGGGAAAGGAAUAAACGUAAAGUUGAAAGACACGGGCGGACAUUAACCGAGCUAGCGGCUUUUACUUAAAUCGAGAUCAUUGUACAUAACGCUUAAGCAUUUAUUUAUAUCGUGCUUUUACAAAAGGAGGAUCCGUAGUAUUUUAUUUAGUUUCGUAGCAGAGGUUCAUGCACAUCAUUACCACGUUAGCACGAGAUCGUUAAAUUGUCGGGCGGGGUGCGAACGGGAUGUAGAAGCAGACAGCUGCGGGAUUCGUGUGUUUUUAUUGUGUAGGUAUUUGUUGGAGAAAACAGAAAGAAAGAACAAUAGGAGGUAUGAAAGAAUAUUCGUAUGUACGUGGGAUUAUUUAAAGAA